GGAACCACCGUGCUCAUCUUCCACUGACUUUGCAACGAAACAACAAAUAGUAAAAUACGUUUUCCUGUACACCUUUGUUUUCCUGCAAAUCCCAAUUGUGUGAAGCGAUGCGCUUCGGUUAAAUAUUGCUUUCCUUAAAACCCUAAGUGAAGCAUCAUCGCAAUGGUGUUUAGUGUUGUGGCUUUUCCGUUCGGGAAAAUCGUGUGCGCAUUCGAGCUUGCCUAGAUUGGUCUCAAAUGUUUGUUAAAGUUGCCAUCCCGAUUGCCCAGCGGAAAAAAAUCACCUAAGGUGCACCCUCCGAACCUCCACCCGGAGAUUGUAGUAAUGGUAGAAAGACUGCGAAUCUCGGUACUCGCCCUUUCGACAGAACGGAACCAGCAAACGGUAUCGCAACUAUGCAGCAAACUUCCGAGUUUCGCCAAAGGGAAUGGCUGCUACUCUAAACUCUUCCACUGUCAUCACAUCUACUGAUGCAGGCAGGGUGUCUUUCUGUUGUCUGACCGCGUGCAUGUGCGUUUAGUGGAAAUACACACAUUGCCCAUGCGAAUGGUCCUAAGGCGGGCCUAACAGCAACAAAACACAACAAACCACAUUCGCUAUCGUCAAAACGGAGACGAACCAGGACAUGGGUUGCAUCAAUUCAAAGAAGGACAUAAAGGACGUACAUUCGAACAUUUUCCACGUGAUUAACAUCGACAACGAUGGGACGGAACUGUGGAGCGGUAAGUUGGAAGUGACUCGUGUCGAGCUAACGCUCUACCGAAAGGGCAAGGAGCCAACCAAGUGGCCGUUGAAAUGUCUACGACGCUAUGGCUACAACGUGGACCAGUUCAGCUUCGAAGCCGGUCGCCGCUGUACUACCGGUGAAGGCAUUUACGCCUUUCGCUGUCGUCGUGCCGAGGCCCUGUUUUACACCGUGCAGGCGUACAUCCAAGGGCGCAUCUAUAGCGACGAAAAUACCAACCCAAACGAUCCGUACCCGAUACCGGUCGCUUCGAACGGGCCGUCUGUUGCGGCUAGAAGCGUUUCGCAGAACAACACCGCUACGCGAAGCAGCAGCAGUGGCGGAGGACAGGGCCAGCAGAUGCAGUGUACGUUCGUGAUGAACCGGACCGGUAUGGCGACCAGCCAGUCCCUUAGUCCCAAUGGAACGAUACAUUCAAACUCGAACCAAAGUCGCAGCACGGAUACUCUGCCUAUGGAGGGCAACUAUCUCGAGCCGACACCCAACCGGUCGAAUGCCUCGGGCACAGCACAGCCGCACACUAUUACGACACGCUUCCAGCAGGGACUACGGUUAAGUUCGGUUAGCAGCGGACCGAUCAGUCCCGACAUAACAUCACCCGGUUCUCCCAACAGUAUGACCAACAUACUGGAAGUCACGACGCUAAAUCCGCUGCCGACGUCCCACACGAGCGGAAGCGUUCAUCAGGGCGUGAGUAACGUGUAUCAGGAGUUCCCCAUGAAAGACUCGACGAUGGCUUCCCUUCACCAUCAGCAUCAUCAGCUGUUGCUGCAUCAGCACCACGUGCAUCAUCCAAUAACCGCCCCAAUUGUAGCACCGCUGGUUGGAGGUUUGGUUCGAACAUCGAUGGACGUACCGCCACAGGAACCGGCUCCGGGUGCAUCGGUGCUACUAAACUCCUCUAUCGCAUCGGAUAUGACAACGACUCCUGCGGGUCCCGCCGAAGCGCUCCUCUGCGGUGGUGGAGAAUACGAUCAACAGCAGCCGCCUUCCACACCGGACGCCAUCGAUCCGGCACGAUUGUAUAUGAAUGUAAAUAUCACCGGUUCGGAUGUCGGCACCGGUGCCGGGUGUGGUAAAGCGAAGAAACCGGCCGCUUUCAGUAGCAAAAGUAAUUCUAGUCUUAUUUCGAUUUCAAACAUCAACAACAACAACAACAAUAACAAUGGCCAUAAUAACACCGGUUCUUUCGACGAGUGCCAGUAUCAAAAUGUACGCACACCAACAUCCAUGACCGCGAUCGUCGGUGGCGUGGGGAUGCCAUUGCUGCCCCAAAGCAACAUCGUGCCCGGCAACAUGUUCGCCCAGUUCCAGCGUCUCAACAGUGCCGGAGGCGGGCCGGGUAAUCAGUUUUCGAUGGAUCCAAACCGAUUCUAUGAAAAUCUUGAACUGGCCGAACUGAAGGCCGUUUCGAUGCGUGGGGGCCGUUGCUCAAAGCCAGAUAUUUUCAGCAACGUCGACCUGCCGCUAGACCACUCCGAACCAUGCACACCGACGGCGACUGCAGCGAGCCAGCGCAAGGUAAAUUACAUCGUACUUGAUCUCGAUCAGUCAAACUCAUCGCACAGCAUUAGCGGAGCGGCUGGCGCUGGCACCAAUGGGACAGGCGUCCUCUCACCGACAGGAACAGUUCCCGGCAGUGGGUUGAACAAUGGAAACGCGAUUGCUGGCAGUGUGCCGAACGGAACCAAUACCUUCAACAAUAACAAUAACAACAACAACAAUACUACGAUAAACCUUAACAGUGUGGUGGUGGCCCCGGGUGGAUUGUGCAACUCAGCCAGCGGUGCUGCAAUAGGCCCGAUCGGUGUAGCGGCUGGCACAGAUCGGACGGUCGUCAGUGUAAGCUGCACCACCGGGCUCUGUAGCGGCGGAGCGGCAAACCCGGUCGCUGGUGGCAAUAUUACACCCACCAGCGUGAGUCUACUGCCACCGGAAAGUCCGAAAAAAGCUUCGCUCGGAUAUGCGACGAUCGAUUUCAACAAAACGGUAGCGCUAAGCAACUCCACCACGCCUUCGUCCGAGCUCGACAGUGAAGGAUCGCGCAAGACACGGCACAACUCGACGGUAACACCACUAGCAAGGCAGAGCAAUUCCGUAAGCGAUUAAACGUAGGCCAAGCUGCCGUUCCGAGGUUACGAGUUUACUCGAUUUUAUACUGAUUGUGAGUAGACGUUGGUUAAAGAUCCGGUAGACGAAAACGUUUAAAUUUCCCCCUCCUAGACAACAACAACGAAUACUGUCCGUUUUGUUCUCUACAAGUACGUUGUACGCACGAUUGAUAUUAUUCUAAACUUCCCGCGUCGAUAUCGCUGGAAUGGACGUUGGGUUAACGUUUGCAUUAACAAAAUAGACUAACUUUGAAAAACUAUCACAGACAGCACAGUGGAUUCAACAACGCUUGAAUUCUGUAUAAAAAUCAAACACAAUUUCCUGAUGGGCACUUUGAAAUUUGGACAGCGAACAAUACUUUAUCGUAGACACUGAUUGAUUGGAUGAAAUUCUCGGGAAGAGGUUUGCAAUUAAACUACUAUUCCCAGUGAGGUCAGUUGGGAGCAUCUUGCCAUGGUCGCUGGAUUCGCGUUGUGAUGAUAAAACUACCAGACAUAAACUCUUGGUUUUUCCUCGCAUUUUUCUGCCGCAUUAGCCGCAUAAGACACUAUAGGGGGACCGGAUUCUAUUCUCCCCAGUUCGAUGUUUUCGUAUUACUCUAAAGGUAAGAAAAGAUGUUAGAAAUGCCUCACUGUUUCUAAAUAUUUUUGCCAAGCGUUAGAACUUAUAGUACUAACAAAUGCUCUAUUCCAGUCGCUCCCCUGUUUUGACUAGAGCUGCCGCCAAAUCAGCUCCAAUAACGCUGUAAAGCUUUGUCUGUACAUAAACCCAAUGAUACAAAAGACAAAGAUCGAUGGUUCGGCUGAUCGUGUCAGGACCACAGGACCAUCGCAGGGAUUUUUUUUUAAAGUCAGUCUAUUUUUUUAAUGCAAACGUUAUUCGAUAACAAUCCUAUAUUUGCAGCUAAGCACAAACAGACCUAAGACAAUAGAAGCGAGAAACUUGUUCGAAGCUUCGAAUCCUUUUUCGAAGCGUAUUUAUGAGUUAUAUUUUUGAAUGUUUUUAAUUUUAGAUUUUUUACGAUUAAUGAGAAAUGCGUUUCUCACUUUCUAUACUAUGAAAGACUUUUUUAAAUUACUUUAGUGUAUCUUUCGAUCACAAACGAUCGAUGGCAGUAAUAGAGGCAUAAGUUGGUGCAGAAACAUUUGUUUCUAAUUGUUCGUUUACAUUACUAGACUCACUUACGUUUUGAAGGAAAUGAGUUUUAACGAUACGUAAAGCGGUCGAAACAAUACAUAAUACAUCACACAGCAGUGAGCAUAAAAGCUCAACAGCAUAUUCAUUAUCGACCGUAUCGGCGACACUGGUUCAAAGAUGCAUCAAAUAUGGUUUACUGGCAAAAUAUGGUCAUUUUGCCUCCGUAUUACUAUUACAACGUGUUGCCACCACAUAGCAUAGCAUGGAAAAAAACGUGGAAAGAUAUAUCGUAAGAAAAGCUUUACUGUUGUAAAAAUAGAAAAAGAGAAACAAUUGAACUAUGGCCCAAAAGCGAACCAAAUUCAGCAACAACUAUUCGAUUCGUCGUCGGUCAGCGUGAUAUAAAAAGAGGAUAUUGUUCGAUGCCGGUUUACGGAAAUUUGUACAAUGUUUUUAGUUGUAGAGUACGCAAUGCGCUUACCGAUGAUGUUGCAAGCUGCAGAAAGCGCUCCGACAACAGGACAAGACAUAUUUUGUUUGUAACAGACUUCUACCAUCAUGUUAUUUAUAGAGUUCGCUGAAAACGAAGAGGCAACAAAGAAACCAAUUAACCAAAGCGAAAAUGUACACAAUCUACCAAAACAUUAAAACGUAGUUGCAGAAGAAUGGAAGGCAUAUAGUGUUAAAGACCACGAGUGCACAAAGCUCGGGGAGAGAGCCGAAAGCGAGUUUAAACUGUAGUUCUAUAAAUGUUGAAUGAUUUCGUUGAACAGACAGUCUUUUUAAGAAGACAUUAUAGGCGCCAUGCAUUACAACCCAAACAUUACAAUUUUCUAAGUGAGAACUCAACAUACAAGAGCCCGAAACAUGUUGCUGCGAAAUUUUAAACGCACCAUACAGCAUGAUAUAGCGUGCGUUCAUGAUUCUGAUAGGGAUUAUGAUAACAUUUCUGAAAUGAUAGUGCAAGAGCCUGUUCUCCUCCUCUAGCCAGACUGUAGCACACGAUCGAGUUGAGACCAUAUACUGUAUGCCAAAGCCUUUUUUUAACUUGGUCCGUGCAACGUGCAGGCGAUCUUAUUUUGAUAAGUGGGUUAUCAUGUAAAUCUGAACGUAUAGACAAAAUGUUGUGUUAAACUAAUAAACCCCAAUUAUUAGACGAAUGAUAGCGUGGUGCGGUGUGUUGCGAAAGGAACAAACGCCUCCAAGUAAGUGUGACAAACAACCAAAUCGUGUGAUUCGUUAAGUUUGUUCAUUUUAGAUUUGAGCUGAGACACUAAAGGAUUAAGAGAAGUACUAAGCUAAAACACUAGUGUGUGCGUGUGAGUGUUGGGUGUGAGCACAUUUUUCUAGUUUAACAUUAUGUCAAUAUAGAAAAUGGGGAAAAAUGGCCUGGCCAGUAAGUAGCAUCACCAACAUGAUAAUGCGUUUAGAAUAAAACAGGCGAACAGGUAAAGUUUCGUACGGUGAAGUAAGACACGCGUUGCGCCCAAAUGGCCAAAUAUAAUUUAAAACAAAAAUGCCAAAAAGAUGCGUUUGUUAUAUUAUGUAAAGUGUACGAUGCCUGGCCCGUCUGUCGGAUCUGUGCAAACCACCCAUGGAAUAACAUCCAAUAAAAAAAAUAUAGUUUACUAUAAA